UGUAAAACCAUGUCAACAUAAUUAACUUACUCUGAAAUAUUAUAGAUUUUAUUAAAUGCCUGUAGUAUUUAUAGGCGAUACGUCAGAGCGGUAUGAUUACUAUUACGGUGCGCUAUAUACCUGCUUAGAGCAAGUUAAAAGCAUAUUGUAUACAAGUUGUGACUCGAUAUGAAAUAGGUUGUGAUUUUGUAUUCAAUGGGGUUCUGCCAUACAGAAUUUGGUUUCCAAUAGUGUCGCGUCGUGUGUCACACAAGGAUUUUAUUGACGAGGAUAUAUCAAUAUGGACACCGUUUCAGGUGUUUACGUACACUUAUGGAGGCAAACUGAGAGUUAAUAAUGCAGCUAUGUGUGAUAAAAGUGGAUAUAAUUAAUAAAUGUGCCGGAUUUUUACUAAACCACUCUUAGUUUACGUGACCGGUGCGAUGCCGCCCGGUGUGUAUGGGGAUUUGUUCAUAGAAGCCUGUUCGCGGCUCUGUGGAAAAAGAAGCAUGGAUUUCAAUGAUAUUGAUGAGAAACAACCACACCUUCCAAGAGGUGCAUCAAUCCCUCGCAAUCAAGUGGCGGGCCACAAACAUGAGGGCAGGUCCAAAUUAGGUAUGUUGGAGCACGAUGAUGGUAGUAUACUGAAGGCACUACAGAAGCCGCCUCGCGGGACGAGGGAGCUACAUUUCUACCAGCAGAUCUUCGAGCCCUCCUGCACCGACCCAGACAUCCUAAAACUCCGCAACUUAAUGCCAAAAUUCUGUGGCGCAUACCAGUUUGACGAAUAUCCAGAAGUGACGUACAUAAAGCUUGAAAAUAUUGUGGCUGGUUUCCGACGUCCAUGUGUUGUUGACAUUAAGAUGGGCAAGAAAACAUACGACCCCGAGGCAGGUCCUGCAAAAAUAGCCAAGGAGAUUACCAAGUUUCCUCAUGUUGAGAAGUUUGGCUUUCAGUUUACUGGCAUGCAGACGUAUGACCCUGCAGAACAGAGGAUCAAGUUCUACGAUAAGUUUUUCUGUCGCAAACUUGGAGAAGAUGAGGUCUUAAGAAAAGGUCUGGGAUAUUACUUUAAUAUCAAGCAUGGACUGAGAAAAGAUGCCAUACAAUUGAUACUAGAUAAACUGUGCGAGAUAGAAAAGUGGUUUUUGACACAAAGAAAGUUCUCAUUCUAUGCUAGUUCACUGUUGCUAGUUUAUGAAGGUGAUUUACAACAGAACGACUUUUAUACUCCGUGUAACCAAUGUCAGUCGCCAGACUGCAAAUGUAGUACUUGUUCUCAGAAUACGAUAUCCACGAGCUCAUCAGAUGUGAUGUGUGAUGUAAAUUCAUCGGAUACUGGGAUAGCGGACAUGGACACAGCAUCGUCUCUGACAGCCUCAUCCAGCAGUAUCUCGGUUGACAUACAGACAACAUCAGACUGUCCCUCUUUCAACACACAACCUGCAGUCAUUGCAGACGUGAAGAUGAUCGACUUUACACACGUGUUCUCAGUGAAGGAACAGGACGAUAACUACCUGUAUGGACUGCAGAACCUCAUUGCAAAUAUGAAACAGCUGCUGGCUAUGGACUCUUAGUGCUGGCUACUCACCUUAUUCUGUAUGCACCAAGCAUUGCUUCUAUCACAUUUGUGGCUUAUUUUUAAAGCUUGGGUCACCUGCAACUGAUACAAAACUCAUUGUAUAAUUUAACUAUGAGUGGAUGCAUGCAGGAAAACUACUGAAAUGCAAAUUCAGUUCUUUCAAAUUAUUACCUCUUGUCAAAAACAUUUUUACAAAGAUGUUUUUUCUUUAAAAUCUGAGCUUCCAUUCAACUCAAAUUUCAUACUGAAAAAAGAGACUUCUAGUUACACAUAGUAAUGUAUUUCUCUAUAUAUUUCUUGAAAUCUUACUUGAAGCUAUAAUACCUUUAUCUGCAAUUACGAACUUACAAUUAAAUCAAUAUUUACAAUAAUAGGUUUUAACCAUCACAUAAGAAAGGUAAUAGUGGUGUGUAGCCUAUGCUUAAAAUACAGAUUUUGCAGAAUACUUCAGGAAAAUUCUCUUGAUUUUUUUUUUAAGUCUUUUAAUGGAAGCCCAGCCUGUUAUCUGUUAAUGUAUGAAAUUGAUUUAUAAAAUGUUAGAUGAUAUUCUAUGUAGAACUCAAAUGUUCAUUCCAACAUAGUGCUUAUAAUGUCUUGUUCAUUGCAUGUAUGUAAAUAGUCAUAGUUGUCCAUGUCAGCACAUAUUCUUAAAUUAUGAUAAUUAUGUAAUGUUUGUCAUAGUUUCAAACUGCAGUCUGUGAUAUCACUUAUCUACAUAUGUCUGACUUAUCGGACUUACAUCGGCAUUGUUUUGUGUUCAUAAGCUCAUUUAGUGGUUCAUUUGACCUGUAAUAAUCACUUGAUUCUCAUUCUCAUUGUCAAAUAUAUUUGGUCAAAUUUUGCAGUAAGGGACUUUUUUCUCAAAAACAAAAUGAUGAAAUUUUAUACCCUUUUCUUGGCAUUUUUAGGACAGCUAAGUUCUGGUAUUGGAAAUAGUGACCAUUAGCGUUCCCUUAGCGAUGCUUUACUUUGAAAUCAUUAACAUUUGUUAUGUGUCUGAUUGUUAUGUGACAGGAACUUCUGUAGCUGUCCGUAAAAGAUAUUUAUUGAAAUAUUUAUUUUUGUAUUUAACAAAUUACCAUCAACGUCACUUUCCAUAAUGACUUUUGUGGAGACUGAAAUGAUCAUAGAAAUGAGGAUGUGGUUGUUGAGACAUUUCUGCUACACUGUCUGGAAGCAUUGUCAUUAUUGGCAAUGAUUAGAGAGCAGUAUUUUUUGCUAUCCUUUGCGGUGACAUAUACGUAUGUAAUUAUAUGGGAAAUAAUUCUAAGAGACAAACGGAAGGUGAAAUCACGAAAUGAGGAUAUUAGGAUUUAUGUACCUCAUUAGUAUCAGGCUUUGUGCAGAAAUAAAUGAUUGUAAGCUCAACUUAAUAGGUUAAAUGUAUAGUUUUACAUAAAGUCCUCAUUAAAUAUGAUCAAUUUCUUUUCGAUAUGAUAGAAUACUCAGCAUUAUACUAAAAGCAUUCCAUUAUUCUGCUCCAUUUGGCUUGAUUCAUGUUCACUGCAUUUCCAUCAUUUACUGUAAAACAUAUAUGAGUUCAAAUUAAUUAUAUGUAGUUUUUAAUGUCUGAUGAGGAUAAUGUUGUAGGGAUAUAACCAUGAAUUAUUGUCACCUGUGUUAACCAUGGUAACCAUAAAACAUUCACAUUGUAAAUAUUUUGUUCAUGUAUAAAUUACGCCAAUCAACAGUACAACUGAUGUCAAUAACAGUUGUGUAUUACCACAUGGUAGGUUUUAUUCCGAUGAAGAGUACUCUAAGUGGCCUUGGUUGAGCAAAACAGAUUCCAUGUUCUAGUAGCAUUGUCUAGUUAACUGUUCUUCUCACAAUAUGACUUUGCAUUCAAAAAUGUAUGUAAAUUGAUUCCAAAAAUUUCAAAUAUGAGAGAGAAAAAAAUGUCAUAUACGAGGUGAAAACAUGCUGUCAUUUUUGUUCAUAGCCCAUGAGUUUUGUUCACAAGAAGAGUGAGUGAUUAUGGUUUAUGUGUCAUACAAAAUUGUGCUUUAAUAAAGUAUCUUAUAUAAAUGUAUACCCAAUUUCUAUGUUAUGGAGCAGAUUAUGUAUAAUAGAAUGUUACCAUCAUGUAAUUGCAUACUUUUCUACUUUAACCAUCAUAUUAUUGACAGAAAAUGUGUAGCCAGCUUUCAAUCUAAAGUCUGUGCAUAGCUGUUGAAUGCUAUUGUUCGGAUGUGUUAAAGGUUUAACAGAAGUUUGACUGCUACUGUUAACAGCAACAUCAUACUUUAGUUAAUGAUGCAAUUUUAAUAAGAUUUGUGUUGAUCAAUAUUUUCACAAUCCCCAUUCUUUUUAUUAAAAGGUGACACGUUUGAUUAUAUGAUCAGAUUUUGUAUAAAUUAUAUAUUGAGGAUAUGUUUUUGGAAUGUAUUGAAUGAGAACUGUUGGUCUAUAACGCUUAUAAGCUAUAUGGUACUUAGAUAACAGUUUUCUUCAAUAACUAUGUUCAUAACUUUUCUACAAUUUGUUUUACCUUUUUUUUUAUAGAAAACCUUUAUAUUCAUGCCACACGCUUUUUAAUAUUCUUCUUCUUUAUACAUCAUGCAGGGAUAUAGUUAUUUAUUAACUGUGGGAUUUUUUCAUAUCCCAUUGUAACAUUCUAAUAUCGGUGGGAUUUUUUUCAUUUCACAUUGUAACAUUAUACAAUCUUUUGAGAAAUGGUUCUUGUCAUUUUUUUGUGAUCAACUUUUAAAGCAUAAUUUUAACCUGUAGACUUCACAUCAGGAACAAAUGCAAAUUUAGUAGAUUGCCAUUGAUCACAAAACAGGUUACCACAAUCAUUAUUGAAUGACACAAAAAUUACCAGGUUUCUGGUAGGAAUUAUUGAAGUAUUGUAGAAGUUUUAUCCCCUAGGAAAAACAAUAAUUUCUUCUUUUCCCAAAUGAUUUUCAUCAAUAAUUCCUUCUUUUCCAAACAGAUAUGAUUUUCAUCAUUGCUGUUGUCUUGUAUUAUACCAUAUAUUAUAUGACUUCAAUUAACAUUUUUAUGUUCAAAGAUGAACUGCCUCUUUUAUUUAUUUAUCCUGAAACAUUUUACAUGUGUAACAAUCUGAUGUCUGGUUUGAGUGGCUUAGGUAAACAGCCUGUUGUAUAACUUACAUGGGACACAAAUGUUAUAGAAUAUCAUGAUGCAAAGUUACGUCAGAUAAAGUUGUCGAAUGAUAAAUAUUAUGACUAUGGGAGAAUGUAUGUUAAAGAUUUCCAUUAAGGGAGACUCGAUGUUAAAAAAAUUCAGUUAGGAGACUCUAUGUUAAUGAUUUCCAUAAUGGGAGACUCUAUGUUAAAGAUUUCCAUAAUGGGAGACUCUAUGUUAAAGAUUUCCAUAAUGGGAGACUCUAUGUUAAAGAUUUCCAUUAAGGGAGACUCUAUGUUAAAGAUUUCCAUUAUGGGAGACUCUAUGUAAAAGAUUUCCAUUAUGUGAGACUCUAUGUUAAAGAUUUUCUAAAUUAGUGACAUUAUAUAAAAGAUUUCCAUUAUGGGAGACUGUAUGUUAAAGAUUUUCAUUAUGGGAGACUGUAUGUUAAAGAUUUCCAUUAUGGGAGACUGUAUGUUAAAGAUUUCCAUUAUGGGAGACUUUAUGUUAAAGAUUAACAUUAAUGGAGACUUGAUGUUAAAGAUUUCCAUUAUGGGAGACUGUAUGUUAAAGAUUUCCAUUAUGGGAGGCUUGCAUGUUAAAGAUUUGCAUUAUGGGAGGCUUGCAUGUUAAAGAUGUCCAUUAUGGGAGACUGUAUGUUAAAGAUUUCCAUUAUGGGAGGCUUGCAUGUUAAAGAUUUCCAUUAUGGGAGGCUUGCAUGUUAAAGAUUUCCAUUAUGGGAGGCUUGCAUGUUAUAUAAUCUGAAAAAGAUGUCUUGCAACAUGAUAAAAAGCUGAAAAAUUUGUGUGGAAUUUCAUGACUGAGUUUUUUUGCUACCAAAUUCAUAAUGAUUUAUUGUAAACAGCAUUAUUUUCUAUAAUAAUUCCUCUUAAGCGUAUAGGGGUAAGACAAGACAAGACACAAAAUGACCAUCUUUAGCCAAUUCAAGUACAAAUUAAUUUAACUUCAGGUAAUAGCAACAAUUAUUUGACAGUUACAAUAACAAUGUUAAGAAUGAUGGGGUACCAAGCUUUGCAUUCAUGACAUACAUGUAUGACUUCAACAUCAUGUCAGCGUCGACAUACAUGUAUGACUUCAACAUCAUGUCAGCGUCGACAUACAUGUAUGACUUCAACCUAAUGUCAGCGUUGACAUACAUGUAUGACUUCAACAUCAUGUCAGCGUCGACAUACAUGUAUGACUUCAACAUCAUGUCAGCGUCGACAUACAUGUAUGACUUCAACAUCAUGUCAACGUCGACAUACAUGUAUGACUUCAACAUCAUGUCAGCGUCGACAUACAUGUAUGACUUCAACAUCAUGUCAGCGUCGACAUACAUGUAUGACUUCAACAUCAUGUCAACGUCGACAUACAUGUAUGACUUCAUCAUCAUGUCAGCGUCGACAUACAUGUAUGACUUCAACAUCAUGUCAGCGUCAGUUAGUAAUUUGUACGUUGAGACCUGUAUCCUUACAAAAAGCGGUUAUUUAUCAAGAGUGAAAAGCAGACUCUGUCCUUGUAAAUUUUCAUACAAAUUGCAUGUAAAUAUUAGUGGUUUCUACUCUUAAGCACUUGAAUUUCAGUACAUCAUCAAUCUGAAUGAUAUGACAUGAAGAGCUAGCACCAGUGUUCUGCCUGUCAAUGGUUGAUCCUUGAUCUGACUAACAGGAAGUUGUCUCCUUCAAGUUAUUGAAUGAAAGUCGAUUUUGACCAAUACUUUAGCCCGUUUUAAAAAAGUUUUCUCUUUAUUUUAUUUUUAAAUUGAGCAAAUGAGUUGUCUCAUUAGGUUGUUUGGAAUGCAUUUCCACCGAACGAACAUCGCAUACAUCAUACAUAGGUAAUGCAAAUGACUGAUGGUGGUAGUGAUUUCAGAUUUGGUAGUUUGGUUUAUCAGUUAUAUAAUCAAAACUGUCAAUUAAAUGUAAUCUCCAAUGAACCAUGGUAAACUCUUGAAGUUAUUAUAUGGAUUUUUUUUGUGACUUUUGAGGCCUGACCCUUACCAAUAUUAAGUAUGUUUUUAAUCUAUGAACUGUAUUUCACCCAAAUAUUAGGGUAGGUUAGAGUUUACAAUUUCAAAAAACGUAAAACACUUGACUGAUAUAUAUUUAAGUUUCUAAUUGAUAUUUAAAGGAAUUGUUGCAUGACUUUUUUGCGAGUGUAUAUUACCAUGUUAUAGAUAGGCAUAAUGGGCAUCUUGCAUCUGUUACCGUAAAUUGCCAUCAUGUGACAUUAUUGAUGCAAGAGGUCACCAAUAUUCAUGGCUACCAUGCUAUAGGUCACAAAUAUUCAUGGCUGCCAUGCUAUAGGUCACAAAUAUUCAUGGCUGCCAUGCUAUAGGUCACCAAUAUUUAUGGCUGCCAUGCUAUAGGUCACCAAUAUUCAUGGCUGCCAUGCUAUAGGUCACCAAUAUUCAUGGCUGCCAUGCUAUAUAGGUCACCAAUAUUCAUGGCUGCCAUGCUAUAGGUCAACAGUAUGCAUGGCUCCCGUGUUAUAGGUCGAAAUGGUGUCAGAUGUUUGCCUAUGAAUUAUUUCAUGAAUCUAUGUUAUAUUAUUUCACAAGAGAUAUAUUGAUAAAGGGGACCAAAUCAUGAUACCUUAACCUAUGACCUUAUAUGUGUCUAGGAGUAAAAAUUGCAUUGAGAUGUAAACAAGAUCAUAAGGCCACUGUUACAAUGUUUUAUAUACUAAUUAAUUUGUCAAAUUGCUUGAUUUUUUGCUGUUUGAAUGUUUUUAAAACCGUAUUAUAUAAAUGUGUGCUAUAUAUACGUAUAUGUAAAAAAUGUAUAACAUGAAAAACUUUUGUAUACUUGUAUAUCAUAAAAAAACUUAUGUAUUAUUUAUUUUUUAUACUGUUCUAUGUGCCUUAUUAAAAUGCUUGUUAAUUCUCUUUCCUAUGGGCCUUUAAUUUUUGUAACAGUCUCAAAUUUAUCUGUAAUAAAAUGUGAUUG